CCUCAGAGCAAGAUCUUCUUCCAAAGCAUGGUCAGGUAUGGCGGGCGGCGUCAGUGAGCUGCAGGUGAAGCCAUGGCGAGGGUGUCGCGGCCACCAGUGCGUCCCCACCUGAGGGGCCUCCUCCUCUUCUUCCUCCUCCUCCUGGAGGAUGUGAUUUCUCCAGGCGAGGCGGCGGCGGUGCUGGGGCUGGGAUGGGAAGGAGGUUACGGCACGGUAUGUGGAAGGGUCACCGGAAACGACACCGUGAAUCAGGAGGCGAACACGACCACGACCACCACGACCACCUCAGCGGGCGUGUGUAUGUUGGUGAAACCUGAGGCGAUAUAUAUGAGAAAGAGAAUCCGUUUGUUCUACCUCUCCUUCAGUAAUGCUUAUGUGGAGGCAGGUAUUGACGACUCCUUCGCAUUCUUUGUGGGGAAUCACACCGAAAGGACUAAGCUGAACGAUACGCUGACCGCAGAGGCGUGGAACAGUGUGUGUGUGGGCGUGUCCGUCACCCAAGCCACGCCCGCAACGGAGGAUGAGCGAGAUUCAUGGAGGUAUAAGGUGUGGGCGUCCCUGCACGGCCGCCGCCAUGACACCCCUGCCGGCGGCUUGAUGAAUGAGUGGAAGGGGUGGCAGGACGGCGUGGAUGUGUGCUUCGAUAACUUCUUUAUUGGCAUGGUCACCGGGCUCACCCUGCUGCCGGGGGUGGAGGUGGAGGAGGUGGAGGAAGGGGGCAGCAAGCGAAUUCCUGCUAACUGUUCUGCUUUAGUGGCCCAGAAUGUCCUUACUCACCCCCUGGACGACUCUUGGUCUAUCUAUGGCCAGUCUCUGACCGUGGAGGGGGAGCUGCCGGAGGACCCCUGCUUGAGGACACCCCCCCGGACAGUGAGACUCCAGGGGCCCGGACGCUACCAGGCAUUCCUACGGUUGUGUCAAAGCCUUGGAGGAGACCUUCCGACGGAGGCGGCGGUGACUGAUGGUAUAGUGGAGGCGCAUAACUGCUCCACAGGGAAGUAUUUGACCUGGGCGAGUAGUAGUGAAGUAAUGGAUGUUGGCCCCGCUGCCCUCUGCCCCGUGCUGCUGGGGGGUGGCGGGGCAGGGGAGCUGUCGUGCCUCAGUGAGCUGGACUGCGCACUCUGCCUGGUUCCUGAAGGCCUGACGUACACCCUCUUCGGACGCAUCACAGACUUUGACCGCCACUACACCUUCAGGACGCUACCGGACGGGACAUUUUACUUCCAAGGGAAGAUGACGAGCGCCAUCUACCAGGGAGAGUUGGGGUGGACGCUGAGGUCAAAACUACACAGCGAAGAGUUCCACCAGAGGUCGUGGGUGAUGGGCCGCCGCCGCUGGCACCGCACAAGUCUGGAUGACCUCACAGACACUCUCACAGACAAUUCUAAUGACUCUGGUACAGACACUACCUCAGAGCUCCUCACCUUCACAGUCUGUAAUGCCCUCUAUUUCUCCUCUGACAACGACGUGUGUCUGUUUCGCAGAGGAAAGUGCGACUCAUGGACAGACGCCCCAGGCAGGAGCAAUCAUAGGCACUGCAGCGCCUCAGCAAUAGCUGAAAACUACAUUACACGAUACCAACGGAGCAAUGUUUCCUACGAGGUGGAAGUUAUAACGAUUGACAAGAUAACCACUGUGGAAGGGAAGGCCAGCGUGGAGCUCAAGAUAACCUUUAAGUGGCAAGAUUUACGUAUUGGACUUACCAAUUUCAAGGAAAAAGGACAUUUCCCGUGUGAGGAGGUCUGGACGCCUUCCUUUACUAUGUUUGCGGGGUACACCAAUGGACCAUCCAUUCACCCUCGCCGCAACAGCAGUUACUGUUCUCUCAACUCAUUUGAUGGCACGGUGGAGAUGCAUCUUGAAGAUCCUCUGAUGGGCAUAACGCUCACCAGGCCAAACAUCACGCAAGUGCUGAGCCUUGAAGUGGAGUUCCCGUGUCAGUUGCGGCUGUCCAGAUACCCAUUCGGCAGGUACAUGUGUAACCUUACCUUUUCACCAGCUGGAGGACCAUGGAGAAUUCCCGCGGACGGAAGUUGCCAGGAUAUAAAAUACCAAAAUGACAAGGACCUUCUUGAUUUCUGUCUCGAGAAGAUAUCGAUCCAGGAACAUUACUUGAAUUUCCAUAAAAUGAUAACCUUUGUCCUUCAUUUAGCGGCACAGCCUGAUUACCAUAUCACAAAUAGCUUCUUUCCAAGCUCCCUCAUAUUUCUCAUCUGUUACUUGUCUCUUUUCUUCCCCCUCGAGUGUUUCAACGAGAGAAUAAUGGUUACGCUGACCGCCCUCCUUGUCCUCGUUACUCUCUUCUCUCAGGCGAUGAACACUAACGUCAGAACCCCGUACUAUAAGUUAAUUGACGUGUGGUAUGUCGUCUUGAUCUUCCUCUCCUUUGCUGUUGUGGUUGCCAUUGCGCUUGUCAAUUCUCUUAGGCUUUCGAAGGUGGACACAGAGACAAUCCUGAAGAAAAAAUUGUUGGCGGCCAAACGAUGCAACACUGCCUCCAAGGUGUUGCUCGCCGCCUGUUUUGUGGCCCUGAUCGUGACGUUUGUCUUGUUCAGCCAAGAUAUCCUGUAGGUGUGUGUGUGUGUGUGUGUGUGUGUGUGUGUGUGUGUUAACAUAUAGUUGUGGUAUACGGGAGGAGCCACGCUCGUAUUGUCUCGUCUCUGUAUGUACUCUACUAUAAUCCAACUUGGCCUUGAAAUCAUAAAUGGUCUUUGCAUGGACAUCCUUUUCCAGGCCGUUCCAGCUAUCCACCACUCUUUGUAGAAAGCUAUUCUUCUUCAUGGUUCUUCUACAGGCUUCCUUUUUCACUUUCCUUCCAUGACCUCUUGAUUCUCUUGUAGGCCUAUCCCAUAUUAUUAGAUCUUUUUAGUCCACUUUUUCCAUCCAGAGACCCUGCCCUUAUGCAAGAGUUAACCAGCAACUUGACUCUUUCGCCCCUCACACUGGUAAACUCUGGAACAAUCUUCCUUCAUAUGUGUUUCCUCGUGCCUACGACGUGAACUCUUUCAAGAGGAAAGUAUCAGCAUACUUCUCCUCCUGAAAUUGACCUCUCUUUUGGCCGCUCCUCUUAACUCUGUUUAUAGAAGCAGUGAUUUGCGGGCUUUUUUUUUUUUUUUUUUUUUUUUUUUUUGCCCUUGAGCUGUUUCCUUUGCUGUAAAAGAAAAGAAAAAAAACUCAGUACCCUGUAUACUUACCUCAACCAGAUCUCCCCUCUCCCUCCUCUGUUCCAAUGUCAGUAUAGGUUCAGCUGCUUCAGUCUCUCUUCGUAUGUUAAGUCUUAGUCCAGGAAUCCUCUCUCCUUAUAUUAUUUGUCAUUAUACUCGGUGACCAUACUGUUGCUGCGUACUCCAACCUUGGACGUAUUAUGGUUACACUCAGUUUCUUCAUCAUUUCCUCAUCCAGAUAUUGAAAAACAACUUUUAUGUUUCUCACAAGGCUGUAGGCCUAUGUCACACUUACAGCUAUGUUUGUGUGUUUCUCUGGCGACAAAAUUAUCCGAUACAGUUACUCCCAAGGCUUUUUCCAUUGAUGUUUUCUUAAUGCUCUUAUUUCCUAAUGUAUAAUUCCAUGAAAUUUUCCUUUUGCUUUUGCCAAAUUCCAAAUUCCAUCACACUGCACUUUCUGGUGUUAAAUUCCAUUUUCCAUCUACGACUCCACUCCCAAAUCUUAUCCAGGUCUUGUUGGAGUGCUUGUUACUCCUAUUCACUUCCACUCCCCCUCAGCAACUGAACAUCAGCAGCAAACUCAUAUAGCUGUUCACUCCCUUCAGUGGAGGCAUCUUUUUCUCGUUCGAUCUCAUUAAUAAUUUUGAGAAUCGAUUCACAUUUAGUCAGAGCUGGGCGCGUUACUGGAUAUCGGGUAGUCCGGUACCGCUCCUCCGCACCUCGAAACACAUAUAGUCCGUACCUGUACUUCCGCGCCUAAAAUUUUUUCACUCGUUCCGGUACCGCACCUCCGCACCUCCGGUACCGUACCCAAAACUAUUAAAGCGCGCCUGAAAAAUCUAGUCCGUACCUUAAAAAAAAGAAAUACAAGGCAAUACUGCAGCAGCAUUAUUAUUAUCAUUAUUAUUAUUAUUAUUAUUGUGACCGUUUCUUUCAUUCCCAGUUUUGUACAAUAUGGCAACAGGACACGUGUGUCUCGACGUAAGGAAACCAACACCUUGGGUUCUUGCUAUCCGUGCACGUGGUGUUGUCAUUGAUGACGCACUUCCUUUAAGACGGACGACAAACGGUAUAUUUUGAACCGGGCCGUAAAUCUGAAUGAGUGACGUCACUCAAGUGGCGGGAAAGCAUGCCCUGCAGCACAGACCGCGUAAACGACCGGAAGUAUUACUGCAGAGCGCGGACUGUUUGUCGUUUUCAUUUUUUUUAUCCUUGAAAACCUCAGGUGCGGAGGUACGGACUUAAAAUACUGCCGUUCCGCACCUGUUACUUCCGCACUUUUGAAAAACUUUCCGCACUUCGGACCUCCGCACCUCGUUUAAAGGUCCGCAGGUCCGGAGGAGCGGAGGUGCGGACAGAGGUACGGAAGUGCCCAGCUCUGCAUUUAGUCAUGCGAUAAAUCGGUGUAUUGCAGUGCUGUGUUUAGUACACUGUAGUGUGAGCGAUAAUAAAUGCAUUUCCAAUGUUAAUCAGUUUCUACUCCUUUCUUGCUUGU